AUGAAGUCUGAACUUCGAGAAUACGCCUACCGCCCCUCGACCACAGGCCCUUAUGCAGACAACCUCGAGGUCGACGUCCUGGUUGUCGGCGGCGGCUUCGGCGGUGUCUACUGCCUGUAUGAGCUGCGCAAGCAGGGCUUUAAGACCGUGCUGUACGAGGCCGGAAACGAUCUCGGCGGCACCUGGCGGUGGAACUGCUAUCCCGGCGCGGGCGUCGACUCUGAAGUGCCCGAGUACCAGUACUCGAUCCCUGAGACGUGGAAGGACUGGACCUGGCCCAGCAACUACCCGACCUACAAGGAGCUGCGGGAGUACUUUGACCACGUCGACAAGGUCUUGGACAUCAAGAAGGACUGCGCCUUCGGCAGCGUUGUCGUCGACGCGCAGUUCCACACCGAUGAAGGGCGCUGGCACAUCAAGACCGAAGAUGGCAGGACCGCAAAGGCGAAAUUCUUUGUCGUCGCGGCCGGAUUCGCGGCCAAGCGCUAUAUCCCAGAUUUCAAGGGUAUCGAUAAAUUCAAAGGCAUCAUUCACCACUCGUCCUUCUGGCCGGACGAAGGCGUCGAUGUGCGCGGCAAGCGCUGCGCCAUUAUCGGAACAGGCGCUUCGGGCGUGCAGGUGACGCAGGCCUGGGGUCCCGUAGCCGGCUCGCUGAAGGUUUUCCAGCGCACGCCCAACCUGGCAGUCCCAAUGCGCAAGAGACAGCUCACGGUCAAGGAGCAGCAGCAGUCCAAAGCCUUCUACCCGGAGCUGUUCUCGCUGCGGGAGAAAUGCUUCGGGGGGUUCCUGUACACGUUCUCCGAGAAGAAGACCUUUGAGGACACCCCAGAGGAGAGAGAAGCCUUCUUUGAGAAGCUCUGGCAGGAGGGCGGCUUCCGGUUCUGGCUGGGCAACUACAAGGACUACCUGUUUGACCUCAAGGCCAACCGAGAGGUCUACAACUUCUGGGCCAAGAAGGUGCGCGAGCGCAUUGGCGAUCCGAAGAAACGCGAUAUCCUUGCGCCCCUGGAGCCUCCACAUCCGUUUGGGGUGAAGCGGCCGUGUCUGGAGUACAACUACUAUGAGCAAUUCAACCGGCCCAAUGUGGACGUGAUCGAUAUCAAGAACAACCCAAUUGUGGGCUUCACUGAGACGGGCAUCCAGCUGCAGGACGGCACCGUGCACGAAGUCGACGUCGUCUGCGUGGCGACCGGUUUCGACAUCACCACUGGCGGCAUGACGAACAUGGGGCUUCGCAGCAUUCACGGGACGACGCUGCGGGACGAAUGGAAAGAGGCGGCCUACACGUAUCUGGGGACGACUGUGAGCGGGUACCCGAACAUGUUCCACCUGUAUGGACCCCACGGACCGACGCUGCUGAGUAACGGACCGACGAGCGUCGAGGUGCAAGGCCGGUGGAUCGUCGACGCGAUCAAGCAGAUCGAGCGCCAGGGCAUCAAGUACGUUGACCCGACUCCGGAGGCGUCCCGGGCGUGGAAGAAGCGCAUCAACGAGCUGUCCGACAUCACACUCUUCCCGACGACCCGGUCGACGUACAUGGGCGGCAAUGUGCCGGGGAAGGCAUUCGAGCAGGUCAACUACGCGGGAGGGUUGCCGGCAUAUGCGCAGGAGAUCCGGUCGGUGCUGCCGGAGUUUAAGGGCUUUACUGUUGUGAAGGCUUAG